AUCCAAGAUAAGAGGCAGUGUAAAUAUAACUACAUAUUCACACUGAAGCUCUGCUGGAGGACAACUGAAGGCCUUAACCCUUUGAAGAUUAGGUUUUCUUUAGCUUUUUCAAAAUUUUAAGUCAGUGUUCUAGAACUCCAUUGCUGUCAAUUACCAGUAGUGAUUGUUGCAUCAGCAUUAGAACAUUAGAAUGCAUGUUCUAAUGUAGUACUGAGAUGCAGCAUUGACUGACUGAACAGCUGAAUGUUUGAGACAAUUACACAGAAUGUGAGUAACGGGAAGAUCACUGUACCAACUGUGCUGAGCUGGAGGCUAACCUCAUUGUCUCAUGGUCAUGUUGAAAUCCUCUGCCAACACUCACCUGUCAACACAUGUGCAGCACACUUCCUCAGAUGGGUAAAUGGAAGUCAGCCACGUCUGUACUUCCCUAUAUUCCAGAGGCUACUGUAUAUGAUUUGUUUGACUGUAUCUCCAUCCACAACUGUCACAAAUGCACUGUGUAGGACUGUUUAAUUUGUGGCGGGGGGAAAGGUAGAACCCAUUACACACUUGCGAACUAAGCUGAGGAAAAUGAGCAAAUGAAAGUUUGGAACUGUUGGGACGCAGGGACACACUCAUUGAGUGGCUUGUAAGUAAUGAGUAGUGCGCUGAAAUCAAUUUGGUACUGUAUGAUCACCUGGUUUAAUAUUUCAGCAAGCAAAUUAUGGGUGGCGGUGGCCUAGUUUUCACUGAUAGAGCACAGACCGCAUUUAAGAUGAACUCACUAUUUUAGAUAAGUAGAGCCAUGCAUUAUCUGCACUGUCUCUGAGAGCUGUGUUUCAGCCUAACCCUAACCCUAGCAGCAUUGAAGAAACACAAGUACUAGUCUGUCAAGCAAAUUACUAUGAUGUAUGACAAUUUACAGUAGGGGUCUGCAACCCUGGUCCUGGACAGCCACAGACAACACUGCAAGUUUUUGUUUUCACAUUAAACUUCACAGUCAAUUCAGAUCCGACAAACCAGCUGAGAUGAGUUAUCCAGGCCAACAGUGUAGUAUAAAGGCUAGGGAACCGGCCUGGUAACUGGUUUUGGGCUUCAACUCCCAGCUGGGCUGUUGUGGUUGUACCCUUGACAAUGGCUGAAUUAACCUGAAUUGCUUCAGUAAAUUAUCCAACAAUAUAAAUGGAUUGUAUGCUUUUAUAAAAAUGUUAUUGUGUUGUGGGUUAGAGCAUCAGUUAAAUGUCAAAAUGUAAGAUGAUUGUGCUGUUAGAUGCUUUAAUUGAUCAACUAUGUGCUGUGCAACAACAGCAAACGGCUGUUCAGGACCCGGGACACAGAUGCCGUGAUGGUUAUGGUCAUCCUUCCUAUACAUCCUUCCAUUGGGAUAUGUAUCCUUCAUUGGGAUUUGAAUUAAUAUAGUUGCUUGGGCCUUCACUUCCUCGCCGCACGAGGCGCUCGUUACAUCAGUGCACUAUUUUUGCCGCAGACGUCCGAUGCGCAGAAAUAACAUCCGGGUUGCGCCCUACGAGCAGAAUAUUUGUUUUGUCGAACAACGGUUUGCUGAAUAUUCAUUUAUAUUACCGUUAAUCAUCGAACUACGACAAAAACGCAAACAUUUUUAUCUGCUAGCCGACUGCAGCGCAUAAAGGGUUUACUUCGUCGCUGACGAAGGAGAAGAAGACAAGUCCAGCCGCUGCGUUGGCGGCUCUGCGUGAACACGCUUCGCUCUCGGCGUCCCCCCCUGGCAGAUGUGACGGCGCUCCCCUGGAUGCGGUCAUGAGUAACAGCCAUCCCUUGCGGCCGCUGGCCUCCGUGUCGGAGAUCGACCACGUGCACCUCCUGUCUGAGCAGCUGGGGGCGCUGGUGCCCGGGGAGGCCUACAGCGACGUCACCUUCAUCGUGGAGGAGAAGCGCUUCCCCGCGCACCGGGUCAUCCUGGCCGCCCGCUGCCACUACUUCCGAGCGCUGCUCUACGGCGGGAUGAAGGAGUCCCAGCCGCAGGCGGAGGUGCACCUGGAGGAGACGCGGGCGGAGGCCUUCUCCAUGCUGCUGCAGUACCUGUACACGGGCCGGGCCAGCCUGAGCUCCGCCCGCGAGGAGGUGCUGCUGGACUUCCUGGGCCUGGCGCACCGCUACGGCCUCCAGCCGCUGGAGGACUCCACCUCCGAGUUCCUGCGCACCGUGCUGCACACGCACAACGUGUGCCUGGUGUUCGACGUGGCCAGCCUGUACUGUCUGAGCGCGCUCAGCGCCGCCUGCUGCGCCUACAUGGACCGCCACGCCCCCGAGGUGCUGGCGUCUGACGGCUUCCUGACGCUGUCCAAGACGGCCCUGCUGACGGUGGUGCGGAGGGACUCGUUCGCCGCCAGCGAGAAGGACAUCUUCCAGGCCCUGUGCCGCUGGUGCCGGCACAACGGCGAGGCCGGCGCGCAGGAAGUGAUGUCGGCGGUGCGGCUGCCGCUCAUGAGCCUGACGGAGAUGCUGAACGUCGUCCGGCCGUCCGGCCUGAUCAGCCCCGACGACCUGCUGGACGCCAUCAAGACGCGGUCGGAGAGCCGCGACAUGGAGCUCAACUACCGCGGGAUGCUGAUCCCGGAGGAGAACAUCGCCACCAUGAAGCACGGCGCCCAGGUGGUGAAGGGCGAGCUGAAGUCGGCGCUGCUGGACGGGGACACGCAGAACUACGACCUGGACCACGGCUUCUCCCGGCACCCCAUCGAGGAGGACGGCCGCGCCGGGAUCCAGGUCAAACUGGGCCAGCCCUCCAUCAUCAACCACGUCCGCCUCCUGCUGUGGGACAGGGACAGCCGUUCGUACUCGUAUUAUAUCGAGGUGUCCAUGGAUGAGCUGGACUGGGUGCGUGUGGUGGAUCAUUCCAAGUACCUGUGCCGGUCCUGGCAGAACCUGUACUUCCCGCCGCGAGUGUGCAGGUACGUGCGCAUCGUGGGGACUCACAACACCGUCAACAAAGUCUUCCACCUGGUGGCCUUUGAGUGCAUGUUCACCAACAGCACCUUCACCCUGGAGAAAGGGCUGCUGGUGCCCGCGGAGAACGUGGCCACCAUCGCCACCUGCGCCAGCGUGAUCGAGGGCGUGAGCCGCAGCCGCAACGCGCUGCUCAACGGCGACACGCGCAACUACGACUGGGACUCGGGCUACACCUGCCACCAGCUGGGCUCGGGGGCCAUCGUCAUCCAGCUGGCACAGCCCUACAUGCUGGGCUCCCUCAGGCUACUCCUGUGGGACUGUGAUGACCGUAGUUACAGUUACUACGUGGAACUCUCGACCAAUCAGCAGCAGUGGACGAAAGUGAUAGACCGGUCUAAAGCGGCCUGCAGGUCCUGGCAGACCCUGACGUUCGACAGGCAGCCAGCGGCCUUCAUCCGCAUCGUAGGAACUCACAACACCGCCAACGAGGUCUUCCACUGCGUCCACUUCGAAUGUCCGGCCCAGCUGGAUGUGGAGGUGAAGGAGGGCAGCCCGGGCCAAGGGCCGGCUGAGACAAACUCCAUCUCCCAGCAGCCUCAGCAGCCCCGCCCCCCACGGCCCUCCCGCUCCCAGAGCCUGCUCCCCUCCCAGCCCUCAUCCAGCCAAAACCAGGCCUCCUCCUCGUCCUCCUCCUCCCCCUCACGCUCCCACCCAUGAAGGACCCCCCCCCGCCCAGACAGGUCCCCUCCCCUGCGUCCGGGGGGCUCAAUAACCCCACACCCCCCAUCACCACCAUACCCUAAAUAUGUUUGCACAGGCUUCUCAUUUCAGGGCACUCUACCCCUCCCCCCCAUGCUGCUACGCAAGUCAUAAAAAAAAAAAAACAGCACUCUUAAGAAGUUAACCUGUGACAUCACACAAAGAUAAUGUGUAGUGAGACAAGAUGUUUCACUGGCCUGACAGGGUCCUCUUCUAAAAUCAGGGUUUUGGUUUUGGGGGGGGGAGGGGUGGGGGAAUAAAUAGAAAAGAAAGAAAAAAGAAGGGAAGAAGGCGAUUAAGGACAUGUCUUAAGCUGAGAGUCCAUUAAUGUUCAGUCAAAAUGAAGUUCUGCACAGCGUUUGUGUGUUUCACCGGGCUCCCGGUACUGGGGGGGGGGGGGUCGGCCGCUGGGUGCUUUUGGCCCCGCCCCCCUCGCGUGUCAUCUGGACUCUGAUAUAAGCUCUCCUGUAAUUCAUGCAUCGAUCCUGCAGCUCGAUUGUGCAGUUUGAGGAACAAGAGCGCUUGAAGACUAUUAUUUUAUUUUGUUUUAUUUUAUUUUUUUACCUAAAGAAGGCACUGUGCUCUUGAUUGCACGGGUAAAAAGCAUUUUGUAAAGAUGGAAAUUGGGGGGGGGGGGGGGGAAUAAAAAUCAGGAUUUGAGAUUAUACACUGCACUUUAACUGAUAAUCGGGAGGUGUACCAAAUUCGACACUGGAAUGUAUCCUGCUGUGUUUUUCUUGUAAAGAAACAAUCCGUUUUGGGGCAGGAGCCCCUCGAGUCCAUGUGCUUCAUAGGAAUGGGUUGAAGUUGUACCCCCCACCCCUAUCCCUCCCCCCCACCCCCCACACACACACACUUUUCCACUCAGCUUAGUGUACGGCUGCUGAUGUGGCCACACCCAUAUUAUGACUGUGCUUUCAGAAGGCACUGCCGAUUGGUUCGCUUAAAGCAUGUGAUUUCCGUGUUCUAUGAAGGAAGGCCAUUUAGGUGCUCCUCUUUUUGCACGAGGACAGGUUAUCUUCCCUUUAAUCUUAAACGGCAAAUUCGCUCUUCUCUUUUCUCCCUCAGUCUGGCUCAUCCCUUAAUCCCUUCCCUUUUUUUUUUUACCGUUCUCACUCUUUCACUCUUCUCCCUGAUGUCUUCAUUCUCUUUCGUGUCUUCCUCUCCGUCUCAUCCUUGCUUCCUUCCUGUCUCCUUAAAUCCGCCUCGGAUUUAAAACGUUAGAACUCCCUGACUUGGCAACGAAAGAUGCCGCUGUCUUUGCUGAAACACUUUGUGAGAUAAAAAAAUGUGCAGUGUUGAAGACGAUGGAACAUGCAGGUUUAAAAUAACAGUUAUUCCCUCUCCUCUCUUAGUUUUUUGUUUUAAAACCUGGAAGUAUAUAUAUUCUUCUGGCACUGAAUGCUCUUCAAAGUUUAUUAUUUGUGUAGUCGUAAUUUAACAUAAAGAUGAAUAUAUGGAUAAUGCCGUUAUGCAUAUUGUCGUUGUUACUCCUAAGGAACUCUUAUUGUAAACGCCGAUUAUAUUAUUAUAUAAGUCCCACGUCUCUGUUAUUUCUUACCACUCAGAAAUUGUGAAUGUGGAAUCACAGCCGUGUUUAGACACAGGUGCAUGGUUUUGUACAGUGCUCCUCUGACUGUACCUCUGUAUGCUGGGAUAUGCAGGAUCGUAAACAUGUGACAGGUUUACCUGACACUGCAGGUAGGUGCGUGGGGUGAGAGGGGUUCUGCAUUGCUGCACAGAGCCUGUAGGUCUUUCUUACCCCAGCUGUGGACAGCCCCCACCACCCAUUUCAGUGUGUUACCUGCUGUCUUAGCCGGCUUUGAAAUCUUCAAUAAAAACAAGAGUGAACGAUGA